GUGAAUAGGCGCGGGCAAACUGACCCCUCGAAGUCUCUGAUACUUGGACAACCACGGCGGGAUGGCUGGGAAGCACAGGUACUGCACAGGUACUGCACAGGUCGAGGCUACCCGCACAGAGCCCCCUGUCACAUUCUCCACUGCGAAUGACGACGGUCCCAUAUCCAGACUUUGGAUACUCUGAGAACCAAUGGCAAGAGGAUCACGCUGCUUGUUUACAUGGCUGUGCGUUUGUAUUCGCCAACGGACGGUGUCGAUGUCCAAGGUCGUUUCCACUGCGACGUCGCCUGCAUCGGCCACAAUCACGAGGGGCGGCUCCAGCCAGCCAGCCCAAGCCCGCCUCCAGCAGAAGAGAAAAAAAAUUCGAGAGGCUGAACGCUCCGCAGACUGAAGCUCCCGUCCCCAAAGGAAUGGCUAAUAUCUACCACCCACUCUUGGUAAUAUAUUUACUUCGUAGAGUCGCGAAAUUGGCGGCGGCCCAACUCCCAUCGCUACGACGGUAUCAGCAUAGUGUCACACAAACGGUUGAACAACCCUUGCAUUCCGAGAUGAGGAGCUUUGGACUGUGCAGACGGAUAGGCUUGAUACUUAGGCAAGGACAGGGGCCCGUCGCUUGGUGUGUUCCGAGAGCGGCAACCCCCAACCGCUGUCACCGAUGGGCCACUCACUUCCGUGGCCACCCCUGUCCUCGCUUUUUCCCUUCUCGGCGCCUUGUCCAGCCACGUCUGCACAAAAGUAUGACAAUACAAGGGACAAGUAGAUUCUCGAACCUUCUGUGGAUUCGUGGGGAAACGGAAAACGAUUUUGAGUCCAUGUCAGGCAACUUUGAUCGUUUGGAACUCAACGUCUGACUGUACUGGGAGACUUUGUUGUGCUCAUGGUCUCAUGGUCGACUGCCCAUGUCCGCUGCCAAACUUCUUAUCGAUUUGGACAAGACGAAAAGAAAACGUCAUAGUCAUUGAUUGUAGCGCUGAAUCGUGAGCAUGCACUGCAACCUCUAAAACAUUCCAGUUGUUAGUGGUAUCAGGAAAUACGCAAACUAUCCCCGAGGAUAUCGAUACGUAUUUUUACAUCCUAUCCCUAUUCAAGGAGAGCCAUCGUGUUUACAUAACUGGUAGACAACGUUGCAUUUGUUUACACUGUCACGAAGUCAACAAUACAACGUAAGAGUAACAGCAUGCAUACACGACGUGCCAGGCCGAGCUCAGGAAUACUACCAGCCAGUUAAUACAAACGCUGUUAGUCUAAUAAGCUGUCU